GAUAGGCCAGGUGUAUCCACCCACAGCUUUUAAAGUUACAGAUUUUCAUAUCUAGCAAAGCAACUUUCAUUCGAUUAACCCAACCCUCGUAACCCUCGCUUAGACUGCCAACACCGCUAAUAUCAUUUACAACCAAUACCACUUACAACUUCCCACAUACUUCGUCAUAAUUGGCAUUGUGGAGACUGAUACCUAUAUCAACCCACCUUUUUUAUUAGAUAAACGUGAACCCAACCCCUUUGAAAGAAGUGUAGCUAUAAAACAUUUAAGGUACAGGGCCUAGGUCUCUAUUCGACUUUGGCAACAAUACUGACUCAUUUGGAGAAGUUUAACUAACGAGCAGCAAUGAAAGAUAUAUUCCUAAUGACACUAUUACUAUGGUUGUGUGUUGUUCCUGAAGUUUUCUGUACAACGUCGAAGAAUUCAGCAUUGAAAAUCCGUAUAAGAGCAAAUAACUUGCUGAAAUUUUGGCGUUGGCUACCAAUAAAGGACAUUUAUGACCCUAAGAAAAGACCUGCGCUGAAGUCAUGGAAGAUUUGUGAUAACAAUGAGCAAUCGCUGGGUGGCCGACUGGCAUCUAAUGGUAACCUUAUUAACAUAAGAUCCGAAGAGCCACUCGGAAUUAAAACAAUGAAGCGAACAGGUCCAUUCAGACAACAAUCAACCGGCCCACCCACAGGCUGGUGGCUCUACGCUAACGGAUUUGAUAACCGUGGUAAGAAAUUGGAGAAAAAGUUCUUGGGUCGAAAUGAAAGUGCUUUUUCAAGUGGGACAGUUGCUGCGCGGACCCUUCUAGAAGAUUUUAAUGAGAAUCUCAAGUUAAAAAAUCACGAAAGGAUGAAAUGCAAAGUCGACCUUGGCGAGGUUUUGAACUAAAAACGUAAAGACAAUGGAAAGCUAGAAGUUUGUCUGAAUCGAUAAGAUAUCCCUUCGCUUCAGCAAUGGCAAGACACUCAUCAUCAAUCUCGUGAAACCACUUGCUAGCGCAGAUAAACACGAUAAAAUGACCAACCAUCUUCACCAAGUUGCAACAGAAGCAAAAGCAGCGGCAGCAGCAAUAACUACGAAGUAAACCGUUUCCCAGCCUGUUUUUUUGUUGUUUUUUUCUUUUUCUAUUUUUCUUCUUCUUCUUCUUCUUCAUCUUGGGCUACAACACCUACAACAAUAAAAACAGCUCAACUAAAGAGAUUGACUGGAAAUAAUAUCAGAACUCAAUAAACUAUUCUUAAAUUGAUAUUGUCUGGAGAUCUCUU